UUGAAAACUGCAUCUCUCUCCUCCAGUGAGUGGGUGGGCGUAUUUUUCCUCUGCACACCGUGUCACUCCUCUGUCCGGUCACUCUGAUCCGGACACACGGAGACUCGGAGACGCUGCGCGCUGGAAAUAAUGUCCCAUUUAUCUGUUUGAGUUUUACUGGAGAAGGACUACAAGAUGCUGCUGUUGACUCUGCUCGUGUGUUUCAGCCCGAGUGUACUGGGGCAACUGGAGGAAUCCCAGUUUGCAGAUGAGAUUGAUUCCGACUUUGCAGACUUUGAUUUAGGCAUUGCGCCACGCAGGGUCCCACGGCAGGUGAAAACUAUACUAUCCAAGGAGACUAAACCUCACAUCCAGGAACUCUCCAUCAAGACCACCAUCAUCUCUCGUUACGCCUUCACGGCGGUGUACUGCGCCAUGCUCAACCGGCACUCCGCCGCCACCGAGGGCGUCUUCCAGUUUCAGGUCCCCGCUAAUGCCUACGUCUCCAAUUUCACCAUGAUCAUUGGAGGGCGCGUCUACCAGAGCGAGGUCAGGCCGAAGGAAAAGAGGGUCAAACAGGAGAACGGAAAACCCAAGAACAAAGAGUCAGGUGAUGCAAGUCCAGAGCCGGAGGUAGAGGUGUUCAGGAUGGCGGCCAACAUCCCGGGUCGGAAUCGGGCCGUCUUCCUGCUGACCUAUGAGGAGCUUCUGCAGCGACGUCUGGGACGCUACGAACACGUGACUAGCCUGCGUCCGCUGCAGCUGGUGAGCCGCCUCACCCUGGACGUCACCAUCGUGGACCAUUCCCCCAUCACAGACCUCCAGGUGCUGCCACUCCGCAACGGCAGGAGCAGCAGUGCGUCCAGCAGUGAAACUGGGCCUAAGACACCAGCCAAGCUGGAGCCUCCCGUCACUACUGUGAUCAAAAACGAAAAGAACGUCUGCAAGAUCACCUUCAGCCCCAACAUCGUCCAACAGGCCAAGAUUACCACCAACGGCCUCCUGGGAGACUUUGUGAUCCGAUACGAUGUGCAGAGAGACAUGGGGAUCGGAGACAUUCAGGUUUUAAAUGGCCAUUUUGUCCACUACUUCGCCCCCAAAGACCUGCCAGUGGUGCCCAAGAAUGUGGUGUUUGUGAUCGACACCAGCGCCUCUAUGCUGGGGACUAAGAUCAGACAGACUAAAGAUGCUCUCUUCACCAUUCUGAGGGACCUGCGACCCGGCGACCGCUUCAACUUCAUCAGCUUCUCCAAUAAAAUCAAAGUUUGGCAGCCCAAUCGUCUCGUGCCGGUGACGCCCCUUAAUGUCAGAGAUGCCAAGAAGUUUAUUUACACGCUGGCGACCACAGGAGGUACAAAUAUCGAUGAUGCCAUGCAGACUGGCUCCUCUCUGCUUCGAGAUUACCUCUCAGGCCCUGACGCCAGCCCAAACAGCGUCUCCCUCAUCAUUUUCCUGACGGACGGACGGCCCACGGUCGGGGAGAUCCAGUCCACUGUGAUCCUGGGGAAUACUCGCUCAGCCGUGCAGGAGAAGUUCUGCAUCUUCACCAUCGGGAUUGGGAACGACGUGGAUUACCGGCUGUUGGAGCGCAUGGCUCUGGAAAACUGUGGAAUGAUGAGACGCAUCCAUGAAGAGGCGGACGCCAGCGCAAUGCUCAAAGGGUUCUACGAUGAGAUAGGAACUCCUCUGCUGUCCGACAUAAGGAUCAACUACACUGAGGACUCUGUUCAGUACGUCACUCAGCAUCUGUUCACCAACUACUUCAACGGCUCUGAGAUCGUCAUUGCCGGCAAGUUGACGAACCAAAGCGCGGAAAUACUCCACGUCCAGGUUACAGCCAGCAACAGCGACAAGAGCAUCAUCCUGGAGACCGACGUUCCACUGCGGCACAGGCAGAUAGAGACUGAGAAACACGUGAAAGCCGCCACAGCAGCGAUGGCGGCUGGAGCUAGGACUCCAGGGUCAGGGAGCAUGCAGGGGUUAGGAGUUGCUUUGGGUUCAAUUGCGGAAGACUUUGUGGAACGCGUCUGGGGUUUCCUUAGCGUCAAGGAUGGGCUACGGUCACGGCUACGCAGCCAGACCAGCAAAGAAAGGGAAGACCACAUCCAGCAGGCCACCAAUCUAUCUCUGACCUACCACUUCCUCACUCCCCUCACCAACCUGGUGGUGGAGAAGCCUGAGGUCCUGGCUGAUGGCAGCAUGGCCCCGGCGCCCACCAUCACCCCAGCAGCUGGCUCAGCUGCCAAUGAGCUGCCAGGUGACACAGAGGAGGGAGAGCCACAGAAACCCAACGGGAAGCCAGGCGGCCAGACUUCAUCUGUGAGGAACACAAUUGGUAAAGCUGCGAGGAGACCAGCCAAGAAAUCCAUCACCAUCUCCAAAACAUCAGCGGACGGUGACCCCCACUUUGUGGUGGAGUUCCCGCUCAGUAAGCUGACUGUGUGCUUCAACAUCAACGGUGAACCUGGACACAUCCUGCGUCUCGUCUCUGACCACAAGUACUCUGGUGUGACAGUGAACGGUAAGCUAAUUGGUGCCCCAGCUCCGCCAGGCAGUCACAAACAGCAGCGUACCUACUUCAGCACCAUCACCAUCGUGGUGGACCAUCCCAAACGUGCCUACAUUGAGGUGACGCCUAAGAAGGUCAUCCUGGAUGGGCGGGACAGAAUGGUGCUGCCCUGCCACUCCACAGUCGCAGUGGACAGUGGCGCUCUGUCAGUGUCCAUCGUGGGAAAGUCUAACGUGACUGUGACGAUCGGAGGAAACAUCAGCUUUGUGAUCCUGCUGCACCAGUACAAGAAUCCAGCCCCCUACCAGAGAGAUCACCUGGGGUUCUACAUCGGUCAGAGCAAGGGGCUGUCACACAACUGCCACGGCCUUCUGGGUCAGUUCCUGUACGAGGAAGUGGGACUGGCAGAGCUUCCUGCACAAGGAGACAUGAAACCCUCGCCCAUCCUGAAAGUGAAGGACCGCUCGGUGCCUGUGGUUCAGAAGAGCAGGAAGAUCUACAGCGGGACUCAGAGCGUGGACUGCUGGUUCGCCCGGAACAACGCGGCUAAGCUGAUAGACGGACAGUACGAGGACUAUAUGUCGUCGCACAUGUUCGACACAGGGGACUGGCCACACGGGACUAACAGAGUGUGAGACGACUGGAGCCGUGGCAUUUAUUUAACUCACUUUUACUCUGUAUCCCAUCCCAGCAGAUCCCAAACAUUUCCGAAUGCCAAGCCAUCACAUUUCAGUUGUCUUUCUACCUACAGGCUCUUUUGAAUAUAUUUUUUUACUAUUUCUAAUGAAAAUUAAAUGUUUUUUUUUAUUAUAUUGUGUGUAUUAUUUUUACAAUAAUGUUGUAAUUGUAAAUAAAAACACUUAAACCCA